AUGGUGCCGCUGGCGAGCGCGGCGGUGACGACGGUGAAGGAGAAACGGACGUUCGUGGAGGCGCCGCCGGAGGACGUGCAGCGGGAACAGGUUCGGAGUUUUCUGUACCCGGGAGAGGAUGAGCUCCCGGACGACGUGUCGAUGACGAUAUGGGAACACUUGGAGGAGCUUCGAGAGCGCGCGCUGAUCUCCGCCGCGGCGGUGGGGGCGUUGAUUUUGGUGUGUUUCUGCUUCGCGAAGGAUUUGACGAUUUUCUUGGAGGAACCCGUCAAGUCGCAGGGCGUGCGGUUUUUACAGCUCGGUCCCGGGGAGUACUUCUUCACCACGGUCAAGGUGGCGGGGUACACUGGAUUGCUCGCGGGCGCGCCCGUGGUGCUUUACGAGGCGAUCGCGUACGUGUUGCCGGGGUUGACGCUGAACGAACGCAAGACGCUCGGCCCCAUCGUAAUCGGGUCCUCGGUGCUGUUUUACGGCGGCAUCGCGUUCGCCUACUACGUGCUCGUCCCCGCGGCUUUGAAGUUCUUCGUCGGCUACGCCGACGGCGCCGUGGAGUCGCUGUGGUCGAUCGACCAGUACUUUGAGUUCGUCCUCGUGUUGCUCUUCUCCACGGGUUUGUCCUUCCAAGUCCCCGUGAUUCAGCUCUUGCUCGGACAAUCCGGGAUCGUGUCUUCCAAGCAAAUGCUCAGCGUUUGGAAGUACGUCGUCGUCGGUUCCGUCGUCGCCGCCGCGGUGUUGACGCCGUCGACGGAUCCGUUCACGCAAAUGCUCCUCGCGGUGCCGCUGAUGAGCCUGUACCUCGGCGGCGCCGCGCUCGUCGGCGUCUUCGAAAAAGACCGCGAGGGCGAGACCGCGUAA